GUAUCCAGCAGCUGACCUUGAUCUUGAGAAGAUCCAGGAAUGCGUUUCCUGGUUCACUUCGAUCCAUCUCUGAUGUCACCAAAGAUGAUCAGUUUGACACUCGGCAACUGCAAAUUUUGGCAUGUCCUUUGUCAAAGAAGCCCUUGCGGUACGAUGAGCAGCAGAAGGAACUUGUGUGUGAUGAGCUUGCUGUGGCCUAUCCCAUCGUGAAGGGGAUCCCUUACCUGAACCCGCAGGAUGGGAGAGUCAUUGGCAGCCCCCGCCAGGAAGGGAGAGUCAUUGACAGCCCCUGCCAGGAUGGAUCUGGGCCUGGUCACUCAGCAGCCUGA